GUGUAACCUUGCAAGCGCUUCGGUGAGACAAUGCAAUGAUGAAAUUACGUGAAAAAUACAACAGAUGUUAAUUAUCAUAUUAUAUAUAAUCUAUUUUAUAACAUAUUGAGAUUUCCAGAAAAAGUUUUUAUGAGAUGGCUUCAAGAAGAUCUAGACUUCAGAUAAAACCAAAUAUUGGAGGUGUAAAACCAGUUGCAUCAAAAUCAAUUAGCAGCCACACGUCUUCUCAGUCAGUGCCAACAAAAGAUCUUGCAGAAGCCUCGGAAACAGAAAAUGUCACUGAAAAACAGAAUCAUGAGAAUCUGCCAGUGGCUGUUGACACUUCUGUCACUGGGCAGGGACAGGUUGAAAGUCCAAGUGCAACCAUUGAUACUGAAAAGCAGAUUGAUCAACCAUCUAAUAACUCCAAAGAUGAUAAAGUGGUCAUGAAAGUAGUAGAGUCGGAGUUUAAAAAGGCUUACAAAAUUGAAGAAAACACAAAUGGGGAGCAUCCUGUCUCUGACAAGAAAAGUGAGCCUGGACCACAAAGAGCAAGACUUAGGAGAUUUGAAAAAGUUAACAUUGCAGUAGCUAGAGAUAAUGUGUGUGAAAAAGGAAGUCAAGAAAAAGAUGUUGAUGAACUGCAUAACGAUUCACUUGAAAAGGAAAGCUCAUUAUAUGUCAAAGAAGAAGUUUUUACAUCUAAAAUCUCUCAGCAUAAAGAUGAGCAUGUAGAAAGUCCAAAGACCGAAGAAAAGAUGGCUGCAUCAACAAGUGCUGGCAAUACUGCUAGAAUUGCAAGAAGGUCAAAAUUUCCAAAAGCCAAACCAAAUCUAGGACUAAAGAGACAAAGAGAUGCAGACAUCGAAAAGAAGAACACAGUGGAAGUUAGCCCGAAGGUGGAAAAGAAAUCAGUCAAAUUGCCUGAGAUAAUAGUCACAGCUGAGCCCAAUGAAAAUAGGCCGUCAGAAUCAACAGGAGGCGAUGAGCAGAAGCACUCCAGACCUCUGGCUGUGCCCAAGUCCCCCCUGAAGGCCCCCACCCCAAACAUAUUUAUUGCAUCCCCAUUGAAAGACUCGGCUGAAAAGUGUGCAACUACUACAGGCUCUACUGAGCCACGUCGGAAGAAAGUGCGGCGUGUGAUGGUAGAUGCCCCAGUGGACCAACCCCCUGACCGCACCAGCAUGCGCAUGAAGGACCUUAUACACUGGAACCCGUCCAGUAACCCAAUGAAACAUAAGAACAAGGUGGCUGCAGAAGGUGUGGAGAAAGAGAACAUAGUGGAUGUUGUCCAGGGGGCAGAGUCUGAGGAAGAGGAGGAGCUAAUGGAAGACACACCCCUGCCUGUCCCACAGGUCACUGUGGGGCCAGAUGGGAACAUUAUCAUCAACGAGAAAAGCCUAGUGGUAAAGGAGGACCUGAACAAGGGGGUUGCCCGGAACAGCAACGUCAUUGAUGAGACGGACACCACCACCACCUACAUGAGCUUCAUGAAACGACCCCCCACCCGCUCCAAACCCUGGUCACAGAGAGAGACUAUGAAGUUUUACAAAGCCCUUGCCAUGAUUGGCAUUGACUUCUUCCUCAUCACACAGCUGUUCCCAAACAGAACCAGGGAGGACAUUAAGAAAAAGUUCCACAAGGAAGAAAGGACAAAUCACCUACUGGUGGAUAAAGUUCUACGUGAAAGAAUCAAGUUUGACCCCGGGGUUUUUGAUAAAAAGCUGGAACCGGACAGCGAAGAUGAAGAGGAAGCAUUAAAAAAGAAGUCCAAAGGUCCAAGACAGCGAAAACCAAAUAGGCUGAAGGAAACAUCCAAUAAGAGGAAGUCUAACAGAAAGAAAGGCCUGUUGAAACGUGGGGACUACUUCAUGGAGACAAGUGAGGAAGAGGAAGACAAUGGAGAUGAUUUACCUCAUGAUCCUGCAGGGAAAGAUCCUACAUGGGUGCCUGGAGUCGCAGGGGAGGUUGUGGACAUCCUGGUGGACAUGAGCAAGGACCGCCUGUCAACUGACCAUGCCGAGACUGCAAGUCAGCAGGAGGACGGAAUGAGGCUGCCCUUGAAUGUUGUGAACAGUCCCCAGUAUAUCGCUACACCUAUACCCAGCUUCAACACCAAAUCAACUUCCAACAUAUACAAACAAAACCAAGCAGGAAACCAGGGCAAUGCCAUUUUCAGUCAAGAAAAUGAUGUGAAAUACAGUGACGCUGUCAGUGGCAAUUCCUUUAAUGCCAAUGUAGGGUACAUGCAAGCAUCACAGUUGACAGAGAAUGAAAGUUUUCUGUCAAAUGUAGACAGCAACAUGGGAAUGGCAAACGCGACCAUUGGCAUACCUCAGACUAUCGAUGGUGAUCAAUAUGUGCUGGUAACUGUGGUACCAGAGGGUGGUGGAGAGACGGUGAUCCACAUAUACCGAGUACACGGGGGUCUUCUGGAGGGGGGGCCCGGAGGUUCAGACAUACAAAUUAGUGCCCAGCAACUGGCCGAUGGGGAAACCAGUCUCACUGAUCUUCCAUACGAAUUAACAGCAACCCUGCCCAUCCUUCCAGUUGGUGACAAGGUGGAGAUUGAGAGUACUGCCUCAGGGUCUAAAGAGUUCACAACCCUUCAGUCUGCCUCGCAGAUAUCAACCAGUGGCUCAGAAACUCAACAGAUGUGUAACUCUGCCGAUGAUAAGUAUGUUGUAACCACUGAGGAUACGUGGAAAUCUGAGACUGCUACCUGUAGUUUGACUGUUGCAUCGAGUUGUGAAAUGAGCUCAGGUCAACAAGUGUCGGUUGAAAAUGAGUGAAGCUUGGAUAGGUCAAACUGAAGGAUAUAAGUCUGACAUUGCUUUUUGCAAUGAAUCCACGAGGAGUGAAUUACUGGAUGAUUUGAGCAAUGAUUUGGCUAUCCGGGAGGAUGUAAUGAGAAGUAAUAUGGAAGUGGAUGAAAGUAUUCAAAGCUCAACCUGUCAUAUUGAAGCAGAUGGCAUCAUCAUAGAUGAGGUUCAAGUUGUCCCUGACAUUGCAAUGAGUGCUUGCACUGAUGAAUCAAAAAUCUUUUCAUAGAGCACACUGACUGGCACAAGUGCAAGUGAUACUGUCAACGUGGAACCCAAUGUUAUAUUGGUUCAGGCAGAUGUUCACGGUGCAGAUAUCUAGUCAUGUUGUAGAGAUAGAAAAAGCUUCUUAUCUAAGAUAUUGAAAUAGAACUCAUUACUGGAUAUGUUAUAAUUGAAAACAAGUUCUAUAUUUUGAGUCAUACAAUUUUCUAUGAGGAAAGUUAUCUGGUUUAUAUUCUAUGAGGCUUGGAAUUUAAUGAGAAAUCAAUUGAAAGAAAAUACUGAUCUUUUUCUUUUAAAUAAAUGCUAGUAUAGACGAAAAUAAUUGUGUAUGUAAUGCAGGAUAAUGUACAACUAUGGUCAAUUCAAUUGUACAUUUUAUAAAGUACUCAAUUGUAAUAACUAAAUUUAUCAUUUUUGGUACCAAAUUUUUGACUUAUUCCAGUACUAAUAGUUAUAAAGAACAUCCACAUUUUUGAGGAUUACAUUUUUUAAUCAUGUUAUUUCUGUUUUCAAAUAUAGCUAUCAAGUAUUAACCACAUGGAAUUACCUUUUUAGCUCUCCUGAGCAAAACGUUCGCAUGGUGAACUUUUGGGAUCACUUUUUGUCCAUUUUGCGUCAUCUGUCAUCAACAUUUUGCCUUCAAAUAAUGUUAACACUCUAGAGGCCACAUUUUUUGUCUGAUAUUCAUGAAACUUGGUCCAAAGAUUUGUCCCAAUGAUAUCUUGGUCAAGUUUGAAACUGGCCAUGUCAAAUGAGGUAAAAAACUAGGUCAUUAGGUGAUAUUAAAGAAAACGCCUGUUAACACAAUAGAAGUCACAUUUAUUGUCCAAUAUUCCUGAAGCAUGGUUUGUUUGUUAAAAAACAUGGCUGCCUGGGUGCGGGGCAGUUUUCUUUAUAUGGCUAUUGUAAAACCUUGUUAACACUCUGGAAGGCACAAUUACAUUUUAAUUUUUUAUGGAACAUUUGUUCUUAUAAUAGCUGGGCUGAGUUCGAAAAUGGUUCCAGUCUGUUGAAAAACAUGGCCGUCAGCAGCGGGGCAGUUUACAUUAUAUGGCUACAGAUUUUGUGUUAAUUUAAAUAAUAAAUAGUUUGACAGUUGUUUUGAUAUGAUAAUUAUGCCCCCCUUCGAAGAAGAGGGGGUAUAUUGCUUUGCUCAUGUCGGUCGGUCGGUCCGUCCGUCCACCAGGUGGUUGUCAGACAAUAACUCAAGAACGCUUGGGCCUAGGAUCAUGAAACUUCAUAGGUACAUUGAUCAUGACUUGCAGAUGACCCCUAUUGAUUUUCAGGUCACUAGGUCAAAGGUCAAGGUCACGGUGACCCGAAAUAGUAAAAUGGUUUCCGGAUGAUAACUCAAGAACGCAUACGCCUAGGAUCAUGAAACUUCAUGGGUAGAUUGAUCAUGACUCCCAGAUGACCCCUAUUGAUUUUGAGGUCACUAGGUCAAAGGUCAAGGUCACGGUGACCCGAAAUAGUAAAAUGAUUUUCUGAUGAUAAUUCAAGAACGCAUAUGCCUAGGAUCAUGAAACUUUAUAGGUAGAUUGAUCAUGACUCGCAGAUGACCCCUAUUGAUUUUCAGGUCACUAGGUCAAAGGUCAAGGUCACGGUGACCCGAAAUAGUAAAAUGAUUUUCGGAUGAUAACUCAAGAACGCAUAUGCCUAGGAUCAUGAAACUUCAUAGGUAGAUUGAUCAUGACUCGCAGAUGACCCCUAUUGAUUUUGAGGUCACAAGGUUAAAGGUCAAGGUCACGGUGACCUGAAAUAGUAAAAUGAUUUUCGGAUGAUAACUCAAGAAUGCUUUUACCUAGGAUCAUGACACUUCAUAGGUACAUUGAUCGUGACUUGCAGAUGACCCCUAUUGAUUUUCAGGUCACUAGGUCAAAGGUCAAGGUCACAGUGACAAAAGUCGUAUUCAUACAAUGGCUGCCAGUACAACAGACAGCCCAUAUGGGGGGCAUGCAUGUUUUACAAACAGCCCUUGUUUUUAGAGGCUGUUUUCGGAGAAAACCCGAGCUAUUGUCAUAGCCAGCUCGUCCGCCGUCCGAUGUACGACGUAGGCGUCAUGCUAAAACCUUAACAUUGGCUCUAAAAUCAAAGUGCUUCCACCUACAACUUUGAAACUUCAUAUGUAGUUUCACCUUGAUGAGUUCUACAUGUCACACCCAUUUUUGGGUCACUAGGUCAAAGGUCAAGGUCACUGU